AAAACGGGUGAAGGAGAGGGAGGGAGGAAGAAGAAGAGAGGGGUAUAAUUGUCAUUUUGCCUUAUAUUUUAAAAUUUAUGGGUAUUGUUCUUGAGUUUGGCAUCCUAAAUUCUAAUAAACCCUAGCCAGCCUCCGGUCUCGCGUUCUCGUUCGAUUCACAGAACCAGAGAGAAGAAGAUAUGGGAAGAUCUCGCAGAAAGUACAAGAAAUCUCGGCCAAAAGUCAGGGUCGGCCUUCCGAAGAGGAAUCCCCAGGUUUUCAAGCCCUCCUUCUGCAUGCCGCCCAAGCUCCGCUCCUUGCUCGCCGAACAAUUUGAAGAACAUCCCAUCUGGGACGAAAAAGCCAGUGUAAUUCACAAUUACAAGUCCUUCGGCGUUCUUUCUAACCCCAAUUUGCUCAGCGUUCGCUCCCGCACCGAUCAUAUCGUCGAGAGCGACUCUCUCCAGGUUCCGCCGCCGUCUCUGCUGCCUUCCGGUGACCCUGAUUCCGUUCUCGAUCCCUCCGGUAGCGAUGCGGAGGAGGACGAUUUGAAAUCAGCACUGGGAAAGAAGCGGAAAGAUGGGAAAUCUGGGCCUCUAAAACCGUUGACCACGGUUCAGCGCGUUCAUGUUGGUAGGCUAAUUGAGAAAUAUGGAGACGAUUACGAGAGGAUGUUCAUGGAUACAAAGCUGAACUCGAUGCAGCAUUCUGUUGCUACUCUGGAGAAACUUUGCAAAAGAUAUCACUCUUGUCCAGAUAAGAAUCCGUUGAUAUUGACCCGUUAGCGAUAUUAUCGAGCGCUUCCCCAACCAUUUUUCAAAUUGUUUUGUCACAAGAGGUAAAGUCGGAGAAGGUAUGAUCAAGAAAUCUAAUUGAAUUGAGCAAUGUUGUUUGAACCCAAAUGUAUGAGGCUUGAAAGAUGGCUCAUUCUCUAGCUUGAUUCAGUUUAUUUCAAGGAAAUGAUCAUAAUUCUAGCCCAA